AUGCCAACACUCAGUCGCGCCCACGGCAUGGAGCUGCUGAAGACUGGACAGUACUCCGACUUCACAAUAAGAUGUGGCGACAAGACCUUCGCUGUACACAAGAAUAUAAUCGCGUUGAAGUCAGAGUAUUUCUGCAAGGCAAUCGACAGCGGCUUUAAAGAAAGCGUCGAAAACGAGAUCACAAUUCAGGAAGCUACGCCUAUCGCUGUGGGAGUGAUGAUAGUCUUCCUGUACCUCUGUGAACACAGUUCGGAAGCUAAGUUCGACGCUAUCAUGGAGGAUCUCUUGGCUGUGUUUCCCAGCACGUUUACAUACGAGGAAUGUGGUAAGACCACACGAUUGGAAGACGUUCUUGCCGUGUACCUCCUAGCCGAUCGUCUUCUGGUUCCAGAGCUACGAGAUAUUGCAGAUAAGGAUAUUGGCGCGCAACUGCGGCUAGCAUGGGACAUCGAUCGCGAGUCCGUGUCAUACUUGGUCGACAAGGUCUACACAACAAUUCCAAGCACGGACACUUGUGUGCGUCCUUAUCUAACAGCCUGGAUCUUCAGCCAAGUUACCGUCUCUCGCAGGCUGUCGGACGGGUUCCAACAGAGGUACGGCGACAUUGCAGAAGGCUACGGAUAUAUUCUGGUGCUGGCGAGAAAUCACGACCCGGCAGGAUCGCUUGCGAGCGAGGUUCUGCUGCGGAGGCAACAAGAUGGCAAGGUUGGCACGUUCUCCACACCCGCAGCCUGGUGUAGAGGAGAAGAGUGGGAAUGGAGGUAG